ACAAUGAUGCCAUUCUUCCCGUUGAGGAAAAUCAAGCGGAACGGAAAGUACCUGUUCAUCGGGGCGGUGCUGGUGGUCGCGAGCGUCGCGGCGUAUCUGGAGCACGUGGCCACGAGCCUGUGGAAUCGCGUCGGUGACAGUCAGCAGAAGGAGCAAGCAGCCUGCGCAAAGCCUGCGAACAGAGACCACCUUUCGAACGAGGACGUCGUCUGGUCAUCCAAAUACGUCCCUCAACCCUGGAAGCCGGAGUAUAAAGGGCAGGCGAAUCUUCACGUCUUUGAGGACUGGUGUGGAACCUCCGUCGCAAGCCUCAGAAAGAACCCACACUACCCCCUGUACCCUCACUCUCGUAUCACAGUGAAGAAACUCGCCGUGUCUCCGAGCUGGAAGAAUUACGGCCUCAGGAUCUUCGGCUACAUCCACCCGUCCACCAGCGGUGAGUUUCUUUUCGCAGUGGCGUCUAAAGAUAACUGCGAGUUCUGGCUGAGUCAGGAUGAGAACCCGGAGAACCUGCAGCUCCUCGCUCAUGUUGGGAAGAAUGGUGAGGAGUGGACCGCUCCGGGGGAAUACGGCAAAUACAGCAGCCAAAUAUCCAAACCAGUCGUACUUCAGCAGCAGAAAAGGUUUUACUUUGAGCUGAUCCACAAAUACAACGAUCAUAGCACCAACCACGUGGAAGUCGCAUGGAGACUCAAUAAAGCUGGAACGCAGUUUGAACUUAUCGACUCCGACUCGCUGUCUCUUUACACCGUCGAGUCCUCCCUGAAGAUGAGUGAUGUCAGUCACAUUCCUCAGACGGCUGCUAGUCACGUAGCCCUGCCUCUGGACAAAGCACGAGCUGCACACCACGGGGCAGAGAUGCUGAGAGAAGACCCUCGUGACACUUUUUUUAAAAUGCCUUUACUGGACGCGUCCCGAUUACGGAGUGUGUUACCAGAAUGCUCCUAUAAACCCAGUUACACGGUUAAAGGCAGGCCGAUCAGCCGUUAUCAGGGUCUGCAGUUUGUCCACUUGACUUACGUUUACCCCAAUGACUACACACGGCUCACACACAUGGAGAACGGCAACACCUGUUUCUACCAGAUGAAACCAUACUAUUUCAAGAUUUACGGCUUUUCGUGGUACAUGAGACUGGACCAACUGAAGGAAAAGCACACAGACAAUGGUGAUUACAGGGCGGGAUGGAAGGAGUUCAGAGGACGGGACGAGGAGAUGGAAGACGAGGAUGAAUUUGACUACCGUGAUGACUACAUACAGCGCCAACAAAGGAAACUCUUCUCUAACUCACUGAACAAGAAGAACGUGAGUAGAAGAAGGAGGACAAACCAACACAAUAUGAACAGAAUAGAGACAGUGCAGCAGGAGAACCUGGCACGAGGUAAUGGAUCAGUAUCAGAGAAGGAGAACCAAAAUAAGCUGCAAAACCAAACCAAAAUGGCUGAUCAGAACCAAAAUAAACUGCAAAACCAAACCAAAAUGGCUGAUCAGAACCAAAAUAAACUGCAAAACCAAAACAAAAUGGCUGAUCAGAACCAAAAUAAGCUGCAAAACCAAAACAAAAUGGCUGAUCAGAACCAAAAUAAACUGCAAAACCAAAACAAAAUGGCUGAUCAGAACCAAAAUAAACUGCAAAACCAAAACAAAAUGGCUGAUCAGAACCAAAAUAAACUGCAAAACCAAAACAAAAUGGCCAACAAGAACCAACGUAAACUGCGAAAACAAAAGAAAAUGGCCAUCGAGAACCAAUAUAAACUGCAAAACCAAAACAAAACAGUGGAAGAGAACCAAAAUAAGCUGCGAAACCAAACCAAAAUGGCCGACAAGAACCAACAUAAUGUGCAAAACCAAAACAAAACUGCUGACGAGAACCAACAUAAACUGCGAAAACAAAACAAAAUGGACUACAAGAACCAACAAUUUGGACGGAAGGCUGAAAUUCCUGGUCAGAAAGAAGAUAAAGAACCUAUUGGUCAAGUGAAUCAUAUGAAGCAAGAAGAUAAAGCUCCAAUCCAGGAUCAGAGAUCAGGAGCAAAACCGCAUGUUAUUAACGGACCGAAAAAUGGCACAAGGAAUAUCUUUCUUUCCGCGUCAAAGCAUGAGGACCCUCAGCCUCCUGAAGAUGAUUCCAUCCAUCAGAAAUAUCGUCAUGGCAACGUCCACCAGGGCAAAUACACCAACCCUCCUCCUCCUGUACACACCGGCAACUCUGCAUUGGGGAAAGGCGGAGACUUUGUGAAUAGGGGCGGAGCCAAAACGCAUAAAGAACUCACUAACGACAGCACAGACCUGUGGGUCAUAUACGGAGACUCGGAGAUGGAAGCCGGGGUCGUGAGCAAGGCUGAGUAUGACCCUGAGAUCAGAUGGGAUCAGACGUUUCAGGUCGGUCAGACAGACUUUCAGGCGCUGAGGACUGAUUGGAUAGACCUGAACUGUAACGUGAGUGGAAAUCUGCUGAUCAGCCAAUCAGAAGUGACGGCUUUGGUGCAGGUGUUUAUGGAGAAACUCGAGCUGAAAUAUCCCAGUCAGUUCUCUCUGCAGCGUGUGGUAAAUGUAGAGAAGCGAGUGGAUGAGACUCGGGGGAAUCGUUAUCUCCUGGAGUUGGAGCUGCUGGAGUCCUCAGGAGCUCGAGUUCGUCUCGUUCACUACGUCUACGUGAUGACGAGGAGGAACGUCCAGCGGCUGCUGCUGUGUAACCCACGCAGCUUCCUGUGGAACCCCGACGCUACUAUACACAUCAUCAUACCAGUGAAGAACCAGGCUCGUUGGGUGCAGAAGUUCAUCGUGGACAUGGAGGAGCUUCACGAGGUCACAGGAGACGACAACAUCAACAUCAUCAUCGCCGAUUAUUCCAGCACUGAUAUGGACAUAGAACAGGCUCUGAAGAACUCUCGCCUCCCCAAGUUUCAGUAUCUAAGACUGACAGGAAACUUUGAGAGAUCAGCGGGUCUUCAGGCCGGAAUCAACCUGAUCACAGAUAAUCACAGCAUUGUGUUUCUGUGUGACCUGCAUCUCCACUUCCCGCUGAGUUUCUUCGACUCGGUGAGGAAACACUGUGUUGAAGGACACAUGGCGUUUGCUCCCUUAGUGAUGAGGCUUAACUGUGGAGCGACGCCUCAGGAGCCCGACGGUUACUGGGAGGUGAACGGUUUUGGUUUGCUGGGUAUUUAUAAAUCUGACCUGGACGCUGUAGGAGGCAUGAACACCAGAGAAUUCACGAACCGCUGGGGAGGAGAGGACUGGGAACUCCUGGACAGGAUCAUGGAGGCGGGGUUGGAGGUGGAGCGUCUGCACUUGAGGAAUUUCUUCCACUACCACCACUCCAGACGCGGCAUGUGGAACCGCAGAACACUAAACGGAGAGUAGAUCUGGCAACCCUACGUCCUCAAAAACGACACUCACUGUGGCACUUUAACCAGCCUUCGCCCUCAACCUUCGCCCUUUCGGAUUGCAGACGUGUCGCUCCUUUGUGGGUGGAGCCAUGGGACAAUGCUGAGGUUUGAUUGGUUGAUCAUCACUCACAUGGUGUAGGUGCUGAUGAAGUUCUCAGGAGGAACAAACCGUUACUACUAAUGAUACACUAAUGAUAAAGUAGUGAUGUCACACACUCGGGCUUUUUAAAACAGAGACUUCAAUCUUCAAUUAUUUUAAUCAGUGUAUUAAAUUUUUUAUGAACUGUGACCCGUAUUCAGAGUUGAGAUAAGCGCACGUAGCGAGAAGUUAAUACCGAGAUCAUGCACAUCGGUAUUCAGACCUCAGAAGUUACAUGAGAGUGGGGGCGGAGUUUGUCUGAAAGAGAGGCGUGUCUUAGUUACGCUCGACUCUGGUCUCGAGCUUAAGCGCAUGUUUCUUGCGUGAUCUCAGCUCGAGUGAGGAGCAGCGUUAAGUCCAGCGGUUUGACGGAGGUUUCAUGCUGAAAUUUAUAUUUUGGCUCUAAACACACUCAAACACACUCAAACACACAAUUCCAGGAUGAUAUUAAAUACUUAAAUAUAUAUAUGACACUACUAAUUAAUUAACAGUAUCAUCAGAGGAGACGCUUUUUAAUCAGAGACACGACUUAUCAGGAGCAGUGAAUAUUUUCUGCAUGAAGUGAUGAAUGAAGUUAAAGUUUCUCUGUAAGCGUAGCAGGCGAGUGCUUGGUCAGCUUAUCCUUCACACUCUGAACACAAACAUUUAUUAAAUUGACAAAUCACUUCUUCUCAAGAAAAAUCUGCCAGCCUCGGAGGUGUGAACUACUCGCAGGUGAUUGUAAUAAUCCGAAUGUGAUGUGAAGCUCGUGAAAUCCACUUCAGUAGCUGCGAAACCCGACUCUGAACACGCGUAACUUUCCCACGUAAAUAUUUGCACGACUUUCGCCGACUCUGAAUACGGCCCUGUGUGUACUCCUCACUGGUCACAUUUCUUAAAGUUGAGUGCAACUCAUUAGCAGGAUGAUUUGAGAGGUCUUCUGUUGGGUUUGGGGUGUAAACAGUAUGUCUUCAUUAGGAAAAGGUAUUUUCUGUUUCCUGAGUGCAGUGUAUAGAGGAGUAUAAUCUUCCUGCGGUGUGUUUUUCCGCUAUUUACACACUCACUGAGACUUGAUUAAGAUGCUCGAUGGGUUCAGGGCUUCGUUUGUGGUUUAUUAUACGUUAAAUUUUAUUGAAAUGGAUUAUUGUCCAAGGAAAUAUUUCCUCAGGAAAAAAGAAACCAUAUCUGCACAAAAGUGCCUUUUAUUUUUAAUUCUAAACAGAAUAAAGAAAUGCGACAGGAACUUUUUGCUAUUAAAUAAAUCACUUAUCUGAAGUUAUUACCCAGGAUGCAAUGUUUUUAUGCAAAUUUAAAUACCAUGUUUUUAUAUAUAAGGGAAAAGAGGCAGGUGGUUUAUGUGCCGUAAUUGAUGUACAUGUAUGGAACAAUAUUUUUGCCUCUGGUAUUUGAAUUUAAAUUUUGAAAUUGUAUAUAAACUUUUGUAUUUUGACUCAGUGAAUUGAUUUGGUCUGCUGUCAUUUGAAUUUGUUCUUAAAAUAAAACAUCCUUUUUUUAAAUAAACCAAAUCUAUUUUAAAAUUACUAAAUAUUUUGGUAUUAUUACAAUACAUUUCCGAUGCAAAUUCAUAUAAAAAAAUCACAUUCAACAAUAUAAACACUGUAUAUUAUAUUUAUAUACUUAUAUAUUUCUAUACAAUUUAAUAUAAAUUUUAUUUGAAUUUGAAAACUCAACACUGAAGUUGAAAUUUUGUCCAAUUUUGUUAUUUUUUUAAAUUAAACAUCCUGCUAUUAAAUGAAUUUUAUAACUUUAUACACAAAUUCAAAUUGUUCAUUUUGAUCUAAUUCAAUUUCAAAACUUUUAAAAGGAGGAGAGAAAAAAAGGACUUUGUUUCUGGGUUUGAGGGAUUUUGCUGCUCUUCUCUCAUAAAUGACUUUUUUUUUGUUGUAAAUGUAAAUAUUUAUAUAUUUGUAUAUACUGUACUUUAUGUUUGGAGGUCUGUUGUAAUUUUUUUUACUUAAAUAAAAGCAAUACCUGGUCAAA